UUUUACUUUCGACUAGAAACACGGAACAAAACUGAGAAUCAAUGAAUAUAUUGAAGCUGCAGUCUAAUGCUCGAUUUUUCACGAUGAUGAGCUGAAGUGUGCAUUCAUACAGCGGAUCAGCAUUAACGCCUAAUAAACCACACAAAGAAUCCAGGUCUUUUGGAGUAGAGCAGCAGGUUAUCAUCAUGGGUCUGUUGUCUGACCCGAAUCGCAGAAAGGCCCUGACCAACCUCCUGACCCGCCUCAACACACCCAUAUGUAUGGUGUGUUAUCUGGCAGCCAUAGUCUGGUUCAUGGGUCUGGCGUUUGAGCCCUUCACGCUGCGAACGUACAUGUCAGAAAACGCCAUGGGUUCAACCAUGGUGGAGGAACGGUUCCCAUCUGGAGAACGAGCGCUGUCCACUGCCAGAGAGUUUGAUGGUCACAAAAAAAAGGCUGGUGGCAUGCCAGUGGAGUGGUUAGUUAAGACGAUGCAAGCGAGAGGACUGGAGGUGUUCACUCAGAGUUUCUCCCGUACGCUGCCUUUCCCCGAUGAGAACAAAGAACGUUACAUGGUUCGAGGCACAAACGUAUAUGGGAUAUUGCGGGCUCCUCGCGCUCCUCGGACAGAGGCACUGGUGAUCAGUGCGCCAUGUAGUCCUGGCAACAGCAACAACCAGGCGGUCGGGCUCCUGUUGGGUCUUGCACAUUAUUUCAGGAAUCAGGUUUAUUGGGCCAAAGACAUCAUAUUCUUAGUAAAUGAACAUGAUCUGAUUGGUAUGCAGGCCUGGCUGGAAGGCUACCAUCACACUAACAUUACAGGAAUAGAGUACUCGCCCCUGCAGGGUCGGGCGGGGUCGAUUCAGGCUGCCCUCUCAUUGGAGCUCAGCAGUGAUGUCAUCACCAGCCUGGACUUGAUUUUAGAAGGGCUCAAUGGUCAGCUGCCCAACCUCGACCUGGCAAACCUCUUCUAUGCAUUCUGCCAGAAGUUAGGAGUUCUGUGCACCAUUCAGGGAAAGCUCCAGAGGAAUGACUGGGACAGUGCGGAGGGCUACACUCAUGCAGCUCAGACCAUGAUGCUGAUGGUGCUGAAACAGGCCAGCGGGCAUUCUUGGGGUGAUCAUGGACUCUUCCUGCGCUAUCACAUUGAAGCUGCUUCUAUUCGGGGCAUCAACAGUUUCAGACAUUACAAGACGGAUGCUACCACCAUUGGCAGGUUGCUGGAGGGAAUGAUCCGUAAACUCAACAAUCUUCUGGAGCGUCUUCAUCAGUCGUACUUCUUUUAUCUCUUACCAUCACUCUCUCGCUUCGUCUCCAUUGGCUACUACAUGCCAGCGUUUGGCCUCCUGGCAGUCAUCUUACUACUUCGAGCGUUGGACCUCUGGGUUAAUCUUGGAACACCAGCUCUUGCGGAGGAUGGAGUUAGUGAAGUGGAACAGGCAUCCAGUCUGGGGGUGUUGUCAGUGUUGACUCCAGUUGUCAUCAGUCACCUGACUGGUGUGGCACUCUAUCUGUGUCCUGUUCAGAUGCAGGAAAUGGCCGUGGAACACUUCCCUGUGUCUGAAACUGAAGCUGUGGUGCUCACUGCCAUUGCCAUCUAUACUGCAGGGCUAGCGCUACCACACAACACACAACGGUUGUUAUCUGGAGAUGGCACGGAGCUGGGCUGGAGGGUGCUGAAACUCACGGCUUUGCUCUAUCUGGCUGUGCUGUUGGGCUGCACAGCCCUCAUUAACUUCUCUCUGGGCUUCAUCCUGGCCAUCACACUGGUGCCUAUCGCUGCUUGCGUCACGCCAUACAUGUCCAAAGCCUGGGGCGUGCUGGCCAUGGUCCUCCUCAGUCCUUGCUUCACAAUCCUCUACUCUGUCUUUAUCUACCAGGAGCUCAUAGAAGCUCCUGUCACCAUCACCGAGGGCUGGAUGCUCUACCUGUCGGUCAUCUCGCAGGGAGUUCUCGAUCACGACCUCUACGGCUCGCUCGUCUACCCACUUUUAGCCCUUUUCAUUUACCCCUGCUGGCUAAUGUUCUGGAAUGUUCUUUUCUGGAAGUAACAACAUUUAAAUGUUUGCCGUAGCCGCUGUGGGUCAGCUAUUCUUGAUCCUAAUACCACUGUGUGCCAAAGAUUUAUUGACCGUAAGUGGACAUUAUCUCCCUUGAGGGGUUGGCAGAAAGAAGAUCAGAGAGAGGAUUUAAGGUGUAACGCAGGUCCAAAUACAGAGUGGUUACAGAUGAAACUUUAAUAAAUAAUUUUUUGGUCUAAGUAUUAAGUGGCAUGGCCAGUUGGGGGAGGGCUUUAUUUCUUGCUUCUGUUGACACAUUUUGGUAAGCAAUUUGACAAAAUAUGACUAUAUGCAUGAAGGCUAGGUAUGUUUUAAAAGGAUGGAAAUAUAGCAAGUAAUGAAUUAAGCAGAAAUGCGAUUCAUUGGAAAUGCACUGAAAAAGAAAUUCCAUAUUGAUUAUUCUGAUAUGUAUUUAUACGUUUUAAAUGCCAAAACUUCAGGAAAAUGUUGUGUAUGAAAAUACUGUUGGGCACCUCUUCAAAAGACUUAACAUGGUCUGUCUUGAUGAACAUUGAGCACGAAGUUAAGAAACUUGAUAGGGUACUUUAAUAUUAUGGUAUGACGCCCAGAAAGAUUACAACAGUUACUAGCUACGUUUCCAUCCAAGUUGUGAAUUUAAUUUAAGCAAAAAAUCGUAAUAUCGCAACAAACAAUACGCGAAUAAAUUGGCUUUUCCAUCUCAUGGGUUUAAAAGUACAAAAUCAUCACUUCUGGAGAAAUUGUAGGCACUGUGACUUAUUUUAAUAAAACACUCGUGGUUUAGAGCACAUAGACAAAACAGAAAAUGAACUCUGCUUAUGUCUGGGAGCAACGGCGCGUCACAGUUCUGGGAGCACCAUAUGUGUCCAUCCUUACGACUUUAACAUGGAUCAAUAUUACAUUUUUCAAAAGUGUCAAUAAACCUGAUUUUCGGCACAGUUCAAGUGUGUAUUCCACUUAUUUGCUCUGCGUAGACUUUGGAUUUUCAGGACACCUUUAUUUCAGGAUGACCAGAGCAACAUUUCAGAAGUGAUGAUUGGUCCUCGGGCCAGUUGUGAACGAUUUAUUCAGUCACGUGACUUUUCUUCAACACGCAUCUUGUAUUCCUGUUAAAUUCAAUGGGAGUUUAUUUGGUUUGUUUUCAUCAUAGUUUAUACGCAUUUCUUCUAAUCGAACAGUAACUCAAAAAAAUCCAAAAAAUAUCUUUAUCCACCUCAAGCGAGCAUAUGACGUUAUUUAAUGCGCAUUUUGGAGAUUUUAUUCACAUCUUGGCAUUUCCAUCCAGCAGUUUUUAUGUGAAAUCCCAAAAUGCGCAAACAAAUAAGUGGAUGGAAACACCGGUACUGUUAAGUAAAGUUGCUAGCCUAUAUGAUGAGUUUGAACGGAUGCUUUCAGACAUAGACAUUAUUUUUAUUUUCAAUAUUUCAUGUGAACAGUAUCUGAAAGUUUUUUUAUUUACACUACAAGGGUUGAUGAUACAGAUGUUAUCACUUGAUCGUGUCACUUGAUUAUAUCUGUUAUGCAAGACGGUCUUUAUAUGCUCCAGUAAAUAAUUUUGGCUCUUUUGGUUAUUUAAGGUAUUGAUCAAAUUAACUUUGUUAUAAACUAAAUUAUGUGGAAGAAAGUCUGUUUCCUAAUUAUGUGCGUGUAUUAAUAUUAAAAGAAGGUAUCCCACACCUCAAAUGUUAAUAAAACAACAGGAUUCCAAUACCUAAUAAA